AUGUUCUGUUACCGAAUUGUCGAGUCUCCUCAGACUUUAUGGCUCCGCUCUUGCUGCACUAGCCGCGGUACCCUGGGUUUGGAUGAACAUGUGGAACAGGAGCGAGAAGAGAGGGAAGAAACACAUCGGGAGGAGAUCCUCCAAGAUGUCAUCAAAUGUAUGGAGACGAUGGCCAUAUUUGGAAAGGAGGAGAUGAACGACGAGCACGAACUGCACUAUCGUAUAUACAUGGAGAUGGUCGAUGCCGACUUCGAAAGGCUCAGGUGCACUGGGCAAAUCCAAUGGAGUGCGAGCAGAUUGCUCAAUCUGCUCGAAGACUAUGACCACAUUAAACGCAAGAUUGAAGAGCAAGACGACGACCCUAAUUGUGACUGGCGAAUCAAUAACCCAGUACUCGAAAGCUUUGAGACGGAAUGGGUUGUCAGAACAAUAAGCUUCGUUCGCUGGGAGUAUUCCAUGUUGGGACUGCUUAACAAAUCAGCCAAAGACUAUGUGGAUCAUAUGACCCACAGGGCAGAACAAGUUGCGGCGAGAUAUUGGAGACAACCUGUGUAUGGCAGCGAACAGGCCAUGCAAGACUCAUUCAUCAGCUCAAGCGCCUCUGAGCAUGGUGGUUAUGGCAACACGAAGAGUUCGUCAACGAGUGCAAGCGCCUCUGAUUCAAAUGAAUCGUCUGAUCAGGAUGAGAGUGACACGGAUGUGGAGACCAAUGCGUCUGAUCGGUAG